UACUUAUUAAUCGAAAAUAAUGUUCAAAGUGAGCUAAUUUUCAUUCUAGGGUUUCUUGUGAUAGUGUAAGACUGCUUCACUUUUCAUACGCGCAUCAUAAGAUUUCAGUCUAAUUACACCAUGGAACGUCUGAAGUUAGUUCUGCAGUAUUUUCAGUCCAACUCUGAGUCCAUAUCAAACGGAAUUUGUAUUGUACUGGCCUUGGUCAGUGUGAAGCUUUACACCAGCUUUGAUUUCAAUUGCCCCUGUAUUCCACAAUACAACAAACUUUAUGCACUGGGGGUGAUGUUUGUCCCACCUUUAAUAUUUUUCUUCCUGGGAAUCUUGGUUAAUCGACACACGGGUGUCAUGAUGGAAGAAUGCUUGAGACCCAUUGGGAAGAGAAGUAAAAAUCCUGCCAUUGUCAAGUACAUGUUCACUGCCAUGAUGCAAAGGGCUCUACUGGCCCCAAUGGUGUGGAUUCUGGUCACGCUGCUGGAUGGGAAGAUCUUCAUCUGCGCUUUCAGCAUGAGUGUAGACCCCAAGCAUUUCUCAGGCAUGCCAAAUACUACUGGCCUGGACCUACUCAAGCUAAUGGCCAAGGUGCCCUGCAAGGAGGACAUGAUCUUCAGGAACAGCACAUUUCGUAAGGCUGUUUCACGCUAUGUACGCUGUUAUUCCCAAGCAAUUGGCUGGUCUAUCCUCCUCCUUCUCAUUCUCUUGGGUGCAUUAGGCCGUCUAAUCAAGCCCUGCUUUGACGACCAUGCCACCAACCUCCAAACACGCUACUGGAGUAACUACCUGGACAUUGAGCAGAAGCUCUUCGAUGAGACUUGUGUGUUGCACUGCCGUGAUUUUGCUCGCAAGUGUGUAGUGCAGUUCUUUGAGGGCAUGCGGGAAGACACGGUACUCAGACUGCCUCUCUCACCCGAAGUCAGGUACAACAGGGAGGAAGAUAUGGUGGAUCAGGAGGAGGAGAGACUCCAUGGGAUCACCAAGCAGGAACAAAUGGAUCAACUUCUUGAAACAUGGUUCAAGUGUAAGCCUGAGCUUGACAUCACAAAAAUGGCCUACAGGCCUAGAGUGUGUGUUACCUGGGAGGAUCACAAUGGAAAAACCAUAUACUCAGACGUUUAGAUGUCUGUGUGCGCAUGUGUAAAAGUGUGACCUGGUGUGUGUGUCCAUUCUUGUGUUACAAUACUUACAAGGAUUAAAAACCCUUACGGGAAAAAUAGCUAUUUUUUCUUUAGGGGUUAGGUUCGGGGUAAAAGUUACAAUUGAGGUUAGGAUACGAAUAAUCUUAUAUUUGGGUAAUGGUUGGUCCAGGUGUUUGGGGUUAGGAUUAGGUAUAGGGUUAGG